GAUUAUCUCGACAUGCGUAACUACCCGGACGAAGGGGGUUCGGAGAAGUGCAACUGCAUCAGAUGGAUCCAGUGAAUCCUCCGAGCUGUGUGUACAUUAGAUUGCGUUUGAGGACAUGUGGCUUGUUUUGAGCUGCUAAGGAGAAGGUGACGGCGUGGUGUUGAUUCAGAAAUAAUGUCUGAAGCUGCUGUAGAGGAGGUUUCCGUUCUCUCGUCCAUUUACUGUGGAAAAGGGGAGUUCCGGCUCAUCCAGCAGUCUGCUCGGGAUGGGCUCCUGGUCCAGAUCAACAGCACUGUUGGAGUGGAAAGGAGGCUGAACUUGAGUCUGUUGUUCCAUCUGCACCCCCGUUACCCUUCCUGCCCCCCCGACAUCUCUGUCUCUUCCACUGGUCUCUCUAGGACACGAUGUCACAUCAUCAGACAGAAGCUGCUGGAUCAAGCUGCAGCCUUGCCACCAGAACCAAUGGUUCAUCAGCUUAUAGAGGGGUUACAGCAGUGUGUGGAGGUGACAGAGGACUGCAGAGGAGGUGAGGAGGAGAUGAAAGAGCAAGAAAGAGAGGAGAAGUGGACUGCAGUGUUGUUGUUGGACCACAUCCGAUCUAAAAAUCGUUACAUCGGACUGCUGGAGCGCUGGACCCAGCAGCUGCAGCUGACAGGGAGGUUAUUACUUGGACAAAGUAUACUGGUUAUUCUGCAGGGAGCCAGACCGGACAUCAAGGUACUAACCCACGUUUAACACUGCAUCACACAA